AUGUCCCCGAGUGUGAAACCAGCAACAGAUGAUGAAAUAGGCAGCAUGGAAACAAGAGAGGUAUCACCCGCACAUUUUGUGAUCAAGAUUGAAUCUUUCUCGUUGCUUGACAAGUGCGGAAUCAAGAAAUACGAGACGAAUGAAUUUGUGGCAGGAGAAUACAAGUGGAAGCUAAUAAUCUAUCCUAAUGGAGACGAUGACGAAAACAAUGCCGAUUAUAUUUCUAUAUAUUUGGCUAUGGUGGGCACAAGUACAACUUCUCUGUUGCCCGCAAACUGGGAGGUCAAUGCCGUCUUCAAUAUCCUUAUCCUUAAUCAAAGUUCGGGCAAUUAUCUUUUUUCAGGAGGAGCAAGACGUUUCCAAGCAAUGAAGUUGGAGUGGGGGUUUUCCAAAUUUAUAUCCAAGGAAAUUUUGUUGGACCCGACGAACGGAUAUCUAAUCAACGACAACUGUGUGUUUGGUGCUGAGGUUUUUGUGGUGAAAAGCGAAUCGGCCGCAACCGAAUGUUUGUCUUUGAAGAAUGUUGUUAUACCAUACACGCAUGAUUGGAAUAUUACAAACUUCUCCAAAUUGGAAAAUUCUUGUGCUUUGGAAGAAUUCGUUGUUGGAGGACACAAUUGGAGUAUUACUCUUUGCCCGAGAGGCUGGGGAGAAUUAACCGAUCGGUGUGUUAUCGUGUUGGUAAGCUAUAUCGGUUCCGUUAAUUAUUCCAGUAGAGUGAAGGCAUGUUGUACCGUCAGCAUAAAAAACCAGGUCAAUAAUAACCACGCGAAGAAAACUGGUACUCAAUGGUUUACUGCUACCAAACGUCAUUUUGCAUGUGGACUAACUAAUGUCACGAAUCCGAACAAAGGAUUCAUUGUGAACGACUGUUGUCUUCUAAAUCUAGAGAUGUCGAUCGAAGCUGUUGUUCGAUGA